GAAGCUUAAAGUGGCCUCCAGUCAUGAGUCCCCGCUGCAGAGUGAACUUCAACACUAUGAUUUUCCUGGUCGUCCUGCAGGGGGCAGCAGUUGUGCUCUUCUGCAACUGGUACUACCAGCUGAGCCCCUGCAACUCCCCUCCCCGAAAAGGCAAGAUUCACGUUUUGCUGCUGUCGUCGUGGCGAUCAGGUUCAUCCUUUCUGGGUCAGGUUUUCAGUCAACACCCAUCUGUUUUCUACCUCAUGGAGCCCGGGUGGCAUGUUUGGACCAAAAUAGAGAAACCUGGUGCACGAGUUCUCCGAAUGGCUGUGAGGGAUCUAAUGCGGAGCUUGUACCAGUGUGACUUCUCAGUGAUGGAUUCCUACAUGCCUGAGAACUACAAUAUGUCCACCUUGUUUAUGUUUCACCACAGUCGGGCACUGUGCUCGCCUCCUGCGUGCUCCCUCACACGGCGCAGUGACAUGAGCAACGAGACUCUUUGCCAAAAGAAAUGUGAUUCUCAAGGUUUGGAGAUGGUGGAGAAGGCCUGCCACACUUACAGCCAUGUGGUUUUAAAAGAAACUCGUUUUUUUGAGCUGGAAUCCCUUUAUCCCCUUUUUCAAGACCCAAACCUGGACCUCCGCAUCGUUCACCUCGUUCGAGACCCUCGGGCCGUGAUACGGUCAAGAGAGGAAUCAGCCAAGUCUUUUGACAUGGACAACGCCAUCGUCUUGGAGCAAAGAAACGUACCAGCAGCCAGUAUCCAGUACGAAGUGAUGCAGGAGAUCUGCAGAAGCCACGUACGCAUCAACGAAAGGGCAAUCCUGAAGCCACCUCCUUUUCUGGAAGGUCGCUACAAAAUGAUUCGGUAUGAAGACGUGGCACGCAACCCGUUGAAGGAGAUUAAUGAUAUUUAUGACUUUGUCGGUUUAGAGAUGACAAGUCAGAUGGAGGAAUGGAUCUACAAAGUGACCCACGGAAAAGGGAAAGGCAGCAAGAAAGAGGCUUUCCAGAUCACCUCUAGGAAUGCCAAUGAGGUGUCACAGGCGUGGCGCACCGUGCUGCAACACAGCAAGGUCAAACGCAUUCAGGAGCUGUGCAAAGGGGCCAUGUCGCUGCUCGGCUACCGGACAGUUGACAGCGAAAAAGAACAGAAGAGACUCGACAUAGAUCUGCUGGUUCCACGUGAACCUUACGAGUUCAGCUGGGUUUCAGCUAAAUCUCAGCGCACAGGGAGCAGCUAGAGCAUCACGCCUCCUGUUUCAGGUCCUCUCAGAGGCGACAGGCUUGAAUAGUCUCCCUGUCGCUGUUAAAGCACGGCUCAAACUUCCACCUCAGACUGCCUCUUUUCAAGAUUUGAAGAUUAAUUACAGCCUUUUUGCAUGACAGUACACUGAGUACAGCAUGUGAAAGUGGAGUAAAAGACUCAGUAGAACUUACUGACAGCCUUGUUCCUGAAAACCUCUGAUAGAUGGUUAGCUAUGCAAGGGUUUACACUCCAUUGCAUUUCACAGAACAUCACUCACAACUACCUUAAGAGUCACAGUUGAGCUUGAAGACAAACUAAUGGCACCUGUUUUCAAUGCUUUCCACUUCUUUUCCACUAACUUUUGUAUUUGUAUAUUAUUUAAAUGAUCAUGUAAACCUUAGCAAAAUGUCAACAUACACCCUAUGCCAAUUAGCAUACAGAGUUUGUCUUGUUAUCCUUGGGCCCAGCGAUUCCUGGAGUCUCUCUACUGCUUUGGAGGAGAAACUUACCAAUAUUUAUGGAAACUUGAGACUCACAGUUACCAGGGGUUUCAACGGACAAAUCUGAUUUACCUAAAUUUGUAUACAUUGGAAUGGUAUGCGUACAUCCAGUCUCACAUGUAAUUUAUUGUAAAUCAAUGCGUUCUUUGUCCAGUGAUGAGCAGGAACACAUUUCUGAGGGUACGUGUAUAUUGUCUGAGAAGGCCGAGCUUAACAUGGCUUUUUAUUCCUGAGAAACUUGAAUAGAGCACAGCUCGUUGGAGUGUACUGAUCUGGAGACAAGAGAUGCCUGAAGAUCAGAUCGUUUUAGGACAAACUUUGGCUUCUUCUUUUUUAUGAAGGAAUCAACAAAAUUUUGCCUCAAAGACAGGAUUUGGUUGUCUGCUAUGUGUGUUAGGCUGUUACACAUCUGACCACCUCAUUCUGCAACAUGUAGCUUUUCCGUUCUGACAAACAUAAAUGUACAAAGUUGUUUUUUAAAUAGCGCUGAAUUGUUUGCGAGAUUUACCUGAGAAUGUGCGUUUAAAGGCUAAAAUAUGUCAGAGUUGCUUUGUAAAGUGUAACACAAAAAAUGAAGUUAUGGUGUAGUGAUAGUGAGUGAACGAUGGCACAGAUCAGUCUUAAACUACAUGCAUCAUCAUUAAUUCAACUUUUCCUUUACAGUGGUGUUCAAACUUGUAGGUAAUGAUUGUUAUACUUAUUUAAAUUUGAUGACUGAAAGGGAUAACUAUACCUACGUAACAUCAAGCUGAUAUUAAUGCAUAACAAAGUUGCCAACUACAAAAAACUGGCAAAAGGAAAAGGACACUUAAAGCUUUAGCCACACGUGUAGUGGAUACAAGUGAAGUAAUGCAAAAAUGUAGCAUAUUACUGGUGUAGCAGCUCCCCAGCACUUGAAUUAAUUUGCGUGGUCUCGACGGGUGAUUUUCAAGGUUUGUUUAUUUUUCUUUGAUGUGGACCAUCAGUCAUCUCAAUCAUCUUGAUUACCUCAGUCACCGUAGUCACCGUGAAAACUAAACAGAUAUACAAAUAUUAGAAUAUAAACAUAAACUUCCAACACACAAACAAAAUAAAAGGUACCUCGCUGUUUUCACCGGGGAACACUAAGUGUUGACAGUGCCAAGCACAUCUUUGACAGUUUGUUCAAGUCAUUCAUUGGUACAAUGAUUCUGCCAGCUUUUUUAGGGCCUGCCCUCAUUUAGCUACGGCAGCCCGUGAGGUACAUAACAACAAAAAAAAAAAC